AGAGCUUUAACAACCUGCUGACCGGGCCCCACCCACAGACCUUCAGGUUUAUUUGACCUGGGGAAGAUCAGACAUCUGCAUUUUAAAGUGCUUGGGUGAUUCUGGAGUGAUGCUCACGAGCAGUCCCCAACCUGACUGCCCUGCUAAUCACGUGGAUUUCAGGUUGAAAUGCAGAUUCGGACUCAGUGGGUCUUCAACUGUUGGAGAACCCUUCUCAGUAGCAGUAAGGUCCCAGAGUUUCCAGUAUGGCUUCUGCACCAACUUCUAAAUAUAAUUCACGCUCCUUGGAGAAUGAGUCUAUUAACAGGACUUCUAGGGAUGGAGUCAGUCGGGAUCUCAGUGACACUGUUCCUCGACUUCCAGGAGAAACUCGCAUUACUGACAAAGAAGUUAUUUACAUAUGUCCUUUCAAUGGCCCCAUUAAGGGAAGAGUUUACAUCACAAAUUAUCGUCUUUAUUUAAGAAGUUUGGAAACGGAUUCUGCUCUAAUACUUGAUGUUCCUUUGGGAGUGAUCUCAAGAAUUGAAAAAAUGGGAGGCGCGACAAGUAGAGGAGAAAAUUCCUAUGGUCUAGAUAUUACUUGUAAAGACAUGAGAAACCUGAGGUUCGCAUUGAAACAAGAAGGCCACAGCAGAAGAGACAUGUUUGAGAUCCUCACGAGAUACGCCUUCCCCCUGGCCCAUAGUCUGGUAAAUUCCAGGAUUCUCCUCAGCGUUGGAAGGUUCUUGGGUGUUUCCUCUUUCAUAUACUGUCUGUGCUGCACUUCCCAGUGUGAUGUCUAUGUGAGGGUGUUUCUUAAAGAUGACUGAACCAUUCCCAGAGGGAGUAGGCCUCUUGUGGGAUGGCUCACCCCAGGCAACUGUAGUGUUGGCCUUGGGGUAGGUUGGAGCCCAGAGUGAGCCUGGGAGC